GCGCAUGCGUCCUGACCGCCCGGUGAUGGCGGCGCCCGAGGAGUCGCUGAGGAGGCGGAAGGCCGAGGCAGCGGGCCCAGUGCAUGGGUCUCCGCCAGGGCCGGGGCGCGACCCCGCGGGCUGCCCGGCUCGCCUUCGUGCGGGCACCUUCUGGCUGACCAGGAUCGUGCUCCUGAGGGCCCUCGCUUUCGUUUACUGUGUGGCAUUCCUGGUGGCCCUCCACCAGAACAAGCAGCUAAUUGGAGACAGGGGCCUGCUGCCCUGCAGCACGUACCUGAGGAGUGUGCAGCGGCACUUCCGGGGGCAGGUCAGCUGGGAUGCUGUGAGCUACGCCCCAACCAUCCUCUGGCUGCUGGACUGGUCUCACAUGGACUCCAACCUAGACGCCCUUGCGCUUCUUGGGCUGGGUAUCUCCUCUUUCAUCCUGGUCUUCGGCUGCGCCAAUAUGAUUCUCAUGGCUGCUCUCUGGGUCCUCUACAUGUCCUUGGUCAACGUGGGGCAGAUCUGGUAUUCAUUUGGAUGGGAGUCCCAGCUUCUGGAAACAGGCUUCCUGGGAAUCUUCCUGUGCCCUCUCUGGACUCUGUCCCCAUUGCCCAGGGGGACCCCCACGUCCCGCAUCGUCCUCUGGGGCUUUCGGUGGCUGAUUUUCAGAAUCAUGCUCGGAGCGGGUCUGAUCAAGAUCCGUGGGGAUCGGUGCUGGCGGGACCUCACCUGCAUGGACUUCCACUAUGAGACACAGCCGGUGCCCAACCCCAUGGCCUACUUCUUGCACCGCUCCCCGUGGUGGUUCCACCACUUUGAGACCUUCAGCAACCACUUCCUGGAGCUUGUGGUGCCCUUCUUUGUCUUUCUCGGACGGCGCAUGUGUGUCCUCCACGGGGCCUUACAGAUCCUGUUCCAGGUGGUCCUCAUCAUCAGCGGGAACCUGAGCUUCCUGAACUGGCUGACCAUCGUGCCCAGCCUCGCCUGCUUCGAUGACGCCACUCUGGGCUUCCUGUUUCCCGCGGGGCCUGGCGGUCUCAAGGACCGAGUCCUGAAGAUGCAGGAGGAGGAAACCCGGGAGCCCCAGGCCCCACUGACAUGUGGCCGCAUGGCACGGCGCACUGCCAACCUGGCACUGGGUGUCCUGAUCACGUGGCUCAGCAUCCCUGUGGUCGUCAACUUGCUAAGCCCCCAGCAGGUCAUGAACAGCUCCUUCAACCCUCUGCGGAUCGUCAACACGUACGGGGCCUUCGGCAGCAUCACCAAGGAGCGCACAGAGGUCAUCCUGCAGGGCACGGCCAGCUCCAACGCCAGCUCGCCUGAUGCCGAGUGGGAGGACUAUGAGUUCAAGUGCAAGCCAGGCAACCUGAGGCGGCGGCCGUGCCUUAUCUCCCCAUACCACUACCGCCUCGACUGGCUCAUGUGGUUCGCCGCCUUCCAGACCUACGAGCACAACGAGUGGAUCAUCCACCUGGCCGGCAAGCUCCUGACUAACGACGCCCAGGCACUGUCCCUGCUGGCCUUCAACCCUUUUGCGGGCAGGGCCCCCCCCAGGUGGGUCCGGGCAGAGCACUACAGGUACAAGUUCAGCCGCCCAGGGGGCCGGCAUGCGGCCGAGGGCAAGUGGUGGAUUCGGAAGAGGCUCGGCCCCUACUUCCCACCGCUCAGCCUCCAGGACUUGAAGGGCUACUUCAGGUCACGGGAGUGGCCAUACCCAGAGCCCAGCUAGAGGCGGCCCAGGACUUGUGCCCCAAGAAAUAAAAUGGCAAGACCGUGG